ACCAAUCGAUUUGUAUCUUCAAGAAGAAGAAAGAAACUCCUCUCACGAGCCCGGACCAAAAAAAAAAAACACCACCACACAAACACACAGGUGUUGGAAUUGGUGAAGUUGUGGUAUAAUUCCAAGUGGGUAUUCAGUAAUUAUGGACCAAGCUGAGUUAAACACAGAACAGGUCUUGAAGAGGGACAUACCAUGGGAGACAUACAUGACAACUAAGCUCAUCUCGGGAACAAGCCUUCAGCUGCUAAGGCGUUAUGAUAAUAGACCGGAAAGCUAUAGAGCACAACUUCUGGAUGAUGAUGGUCCAGCUUAUGUUCGAGUGUUUGUUAGCAUUUUACGUGACAUUUAUAAGGAGGAAACUGUAGAAUAUGUUCUGGCGUUAGUUGAUGAAAUGCUUACAGCAAACCCAAAAAGAGCAAGAUUGUUCCAUGACAAGUCUCUUGCCAGUGAAGAUACUUAUGAACCUUUCUUAAGAUUGCUUUGGAAGGGUAAUUGGUUCAUACAAGAGAAGAGCUGUAAGAUAGUUGCUUUAAUAGUAAGUGCUAGGCCAAAAAUCCAGGAUGGCAUAAUUGCAAAUGGAGAAGCCUCAAAUUCAAAGAAAAAAUCCACUUCUAUUGAUGAUGUAUUGCAAGCAUUGGUAGAAUGGCUUUGUGAACAGCUGAAGAAGCCUUCCCAUCCUAGUCGUGGUGUCCCAACUGCCAUCAGUUGCCUUGCUACGUUACUUAAGGAACCCAUGGUCAGAUCCUCCUUUGUUCAAGCAGAUGGGGUGAAGUUGCUCAUUCCUUUAAUUUCUCCAGCAUCCACCCAGCAAUCAAUUCAGCUUCUGUAUGAAACUUGUCUCUGUGUUUGGCUUUUGUCAUACUAUGAACCUGCGGUUGAGUACUUGGCUACUUCAAGAGCCCUGCCUCGCCUCAUAGAAGUUGUUAAGAGUUCCACAAAGGAGAAGGUUGUCAGAGUUGUUGUCUUGACCCUUAGGAACUUGCUUUCCAAAGCAGCAUUUGGUGCUCAAAUGAUAGACCAUGGUCUGCCACAAAUUGUUCAAAGCUUGAAAGCACAAGCAUGGAGUGAUGAGGACCUGUUGGAGGCUCUGAAUCAACUAGAGGAAGGGCUGAAGGACAAGAUUAAGAAAUUGAGUUCCUUUGAUAAGUACAAGCAAGAAGUCCUCCUCGGUCAACUUGACUGGUCUCCUAUGCACAAAGAUAACUUGUUUUGGCGUGAUAACAUUAAGAACUUUGAAGAGAAUGAUUUCCAGAUUUUGAGGGUCCUCAUUACAAUUUUGGAUACAUCAAAUGAUCCAAGGACUCUGGCUGUUGCUUGCUACGAUCUCUCACAGUUCAUCCAGCAUCAUCCGGCUGGGCGGAUCAUUGUGACAGACCUCAAGGCCAAGGAAAGGGUGAUGAAAUUAAUGAACCAUGAGACUCCUGAGGUUACCAAAAACGCCCUGCUCUGUAUUCAACGGCUUUUCCUGGGUGCCAAGUAUGCAAGCUUUUUGCAGGUUUAGUUCAGUUUUCUUGGGGAAUAAUGGUGUAUAUUUCUGAGCCCAUAUACUCUGAGUAUUUUGGCUCCCGUAUCAUAUAUGGUUCAUUUGUUGUUGUUUGAGUAAUUUAUCAUCUAGUGCUCUUCUCUUGUCAGAGAUUUCAGUUGUGGAAGAGUUUGAAGAAUUAAUUUGUUCUCCUAUACAGUGGAAUAUUAUUUUUAGGCAUAAUAUUAAAUAAAAAAGUUUAGUUUUUGGUUUCA